GUCAAGCCCAAUGUAAUGUAAUCAGUAAUCACAAAUUCACAAAAUUUUGUCACUUUAGUCGACAGUAGAGCUCAGUUUAGUAAUUUGUGUACUAAAUUCAUUAUUACCAUCGACUAGCUGUAUUGUUUUGAAUGUUUUUCUAUGUAUUUUUUAUUGCAUCCCAAGAAGUAAAUACAUUGUUAACCAGAUUUAAAUGAAGUGAUUAAUAUUCAUAAGUGAUAUAUACGGAAAGAUUAACGUGUUGUAAUCUUUAUAAGUGUAAAUAAGAACAAUGAGUGAACCAGCGAAGCUUAACGGGAACUCUGACCCUUCUUUAUCGAAUGCGGGUGUUAUAGGCACAGGCGAAGUCCCUUCUUUCAGGAACCCCAUACCAACAACUUCGUUUAUUAAUAACAACAUUGGAGCUCCCGUUCUACCACCACGACCUGACUUUAGCACUCAGCCUGGUUACGGCAUGAACUCGGGCUAUGGAUACGGUGGUAUGGGAGGUUCAUAUGGUAUGGGGUAUGGUGGGGCAGGAUAUGGAUACAAUGGAAUGGGGGCUGGCUACGGAAUGGGAAUGGGGAUGGGGAUGGGCAUGGGUGGUAUGAAUUCAUAUGGAGGAUAUAAUAGAUAUGGACCAAUGUAUGGAGAUAUUGAAAGCAGAUUUAUUCAAAUGGCAGAAGACAGUUCAAGGCCCGCGUUUGAUUCAAUACAAAGCGUUGUUAAUGCCGUCGGCAGUAUCGCUAUGAUGUUGGAAAACACAUUUUUCGCUUUAACUAGCUCAUUCCGAGCCAUUCUAGGUGUAGCGGAAAACUUUGGACGUUUGCGGUCAUUGUUUGCUCAGUUUUGGUCCACAUUUGCAGUUGUUAGAAGUCUUAAUUGGCUUGUAAGGAAGCUGCUUGUGUUGCUGGGUAUCAGAACUGAAAAUGAAUUUAAGGCCUGGGCCGAGGCGGUAGCGGCGUCACAGAGUGGAUCGGCGUCCCCAGAACAGCGCGCCAAAGGCUCCAGCUGGCCUAUUCUUCUCUUCUUCGGGGUGAUAGCCGCUGCUCCAUAUAUUGUUCUUAAAAUGCUCAAUGGACUGUCGACGAGCAUUAACGAAAGACUGCAAGAUCCACACACAUGGCAGAAUCCACUGCGCGCAAUUGCCCAACACGACUUCCAAGCUACCUCACCCCAGGAGAUCAGCUUCAGCACCAACCAAGUCCUUACUAUCGCACCGCAACACCUCCAGGGUAAUCUGUGGAACUCAGGCUGGCUAAUGGCAUCGUCAGACAGACAAACAGCUGGAUUAGUCCCAGUCAAUUACAUAAAAGUUGUAAAGCCUACAAGUCAAAGUGAAAGUGAUAAUAAUCAAAAUGUAAUCAGUAAACCGACGGAUAAUCCUGUUCCAGAGCAAUGCACGGCUGAAUUAGAAAAAUAUUACGGUCAGGAAUUAUAAUUAUUUAAAAAAUAUUUUUAGACUGGCAACAUUAUUUUACGUCACUUUGGCACUAAACACAUUUCUGCCGUUAGAAUCACAAUUCAGAUGUAUAUCCUAUUCUAAUGAAAAUGGGAAAAAAGAUUAACAAACCUUAGAUUUACGUAUUUCAUGCAUUUACUAAUAAUUCAGCUAUAUUAAGAGUUUAUGAUGAAUACAACACUACUACUCUUAACUACUUUCAUUUUACUUUCUAAAUUCCGAUAACAAUUUCGUCGACGUUCAAAGGGCCAUUUUUUCACAAAUCCAUACUAAUCGAAUCAAGCUCACCAAUGAUUUUGCGUCAAAUUUUGUUUAUUUGGCUUUUUUCUCUUAUGGUUGGAAUAGAGAUUAUACAUUCUUCCUAUGUGACAUCGGGGAAAUAAUCGGUGCCCGGUUGGUUGAACUAAAAACCAUUAAGUUAAGAAUUUAAUUAAAUAGAAUCAACUAUUUAAUUUUAUUUUUUAAAAAUCAAAUAAGAGACUGAACGCGUACUGAAGCGGAGUAUAGAGUAACAUAAGAUGGAUAAAUCUAUGCACAUCAUUAUGCAUUAUCUUGCUUGAUCAGGAAUCAAAAACUACGUUUCUCCCUUGAAAUCCAAAAGCUUUAACGUACUAAAUAAUUGAAUUAGCAUUCCAACGACUAUAUUAACAACGAGAAAAAAAUAAAACAAUAUUGUCUUGUUCCCACACUUUUUUAUUAUGCUUAAAAAGUGCCUUAUAAAUGUUAUUAUCUGUGUCAAAAUGAUCUAUUAAAUAUUGUUCAUAUUUCAAUCGAGUUUUGUUUGAAUGUAUCAAGAAAAUGUUGCCAGAAAUAAAAUUGAUGUAUAUAUCUGUUUCAAUCAUAUUAAUAUCUCAUUUAGUAAUCAAGGGUUGUAUAUAGUAAUAAGGUCAGGGGUUAUUGUCACUUAUUGUAGGUAUGCGAAUGCAAUUAAAUUAUAUUUAAGGGUGUCAUUUUUACUUUGUAAAUUAUUUAUGUUGUUUGUAUAUAUUUAAAUAUAAAGAAACAUAGCAUUGUAUGCAAAUUAUAAAAAAUAUUUUAAAAUGUUUUUUAGUAUGACAAUGUUAUUAUGAGAUUCGUGGCUAAUAAAAUUUGUACCUAAAAUAAAUAUCAAGCAAUUUAACACAACAAUUACUUAUUUUGCCGCUGGAGCUCUCUCUCAUUUAAUGCAUUUAAUUUUUUUCCUUUCUGGAUGAAGACAUAUUUGUGUAAUUGACUGAUAUAUGUAAUAAAAGCUUUAUUGACUUUGA